AUGACUACUCCUUUAUUUUGCAUUCAAGGAGUUUUUUUUUACAUUCAUUUAAAUUUCCAGGGUAUGCCGGGCCACCAGCACCUAUACAGAUAUGUUGCGGUCGCAGCCGUUGUGGGAGUUUCUGCGGCCGGUUUGUACUAUUUGCUGUGGCGCAGGAAUAGCUCGAAGAAGAAGAGCUUAUCUGUGAAGGACUUGAAGGAUUUGGGUAACAAACUGUUCGCUGCCAAGAAAUAUGCAGAUUCUAUUCGUAUUUUCUCGAAAGCCAUUGCUACUAGCGGUUCUGAUAACUGUGAUCUUCUCAAAGCAAUGUGCUACCAGAAUAGGGCUGCCGCAAAGGAGCACCACGGCGGUUAUAAUGUUGAUGAUAUGCUAAGCGAUUGUGAACAGGCCCUGAGUUGCAACCCUCGUUACGCUAAAGCUUACUUCAGAAGGGCACGUCUUUUUCAGAUGAAAAAUGAACACAUGAAUUCCCUUAUAAGCCUUUUUUGUGCUACUCAACUUGACCCUGCACUCGAUACUCAGUCAAGUCAACUUUUGCCAGUUCUAUUGGAAGAGCUGGAAAAGAAAGCGCAUCAAGAGUGGCUUGAUAAUCCUUCUAAUCAUGGAACGGUCAAACAUGUGCGUCAUGAGAAGGUCUACAGUUGGCUACAUAAAACCGUGAUGUCCGACUGUAUUCGUCGUGACGUCCUCACCUUGCAAAUUUCUGGCGAUUCACCUUACGUGAAAGCUAUCCAAAUGAUCCGCAACAAAGACUAUGACAACGUCGCAGAUGUUGCUGUGAAAGAAAGCGGAUCAUAUGAGAUGGAGGCUCAGAUUCUUGCAGCUCGCUUCUAUUUUUAUCGCAAUCAAUUGGAUUCAUGUAAAACUUGUGUGAAUAAGUUUGAUGCUCUCUUCGAGGCGCUGUCUGAGGAGAAGAAAAAAGAGAAAGAGGAACUCAUUGUCGCAAAGCACAUCUUGCUCAUCGAAUCGGGUCGUACAGCAGAGGAAAUUGAAAAAGCCUUAACAAAUGCCGUGAACACGUUGAAAAAACCACUUCCGGACUUCUACGUCAUGGCUGCCUUCCGCUACGUCCUUUGCAAUGAAAUAGUCCGAGCGAUGGACUUGCUGUCUGCUGAAGGAAUGUCGAAAACAAAUAUGAAGCUGCUGCUCCUCACUUUACAAAUCUUGAGAAAUGCCAAUCGUGAGGACAAUAGUCCUGACAUGGCUCUGUUGCACAGCAAUAUUCUGCAAUUGGAGAAUUUCGUUGGAAGCCUUGAGCCCAAGUCGGGUUACGCGUUGUCAAUCCUUGCAAAGAUAACUGCUACAUUCAGCAGCGAUGCGACUGCUCGUAACAUCUCUGACGAGAUUCUUAAAAUGGAACCAAACGAGUCCAUCCAUUACUUUGAUCGAAGGUGGCUAUUGAUACGAGAUGUUCCGUUUUCUGUGCACUGUUGCAUUUUACGCAAACCUUACUCUAGCUGUAUGUCUGCGUCUGGAAAAGAUGCCAUGGAAUACCUCGAGAAGUGCAUGGAACUUGAGCCCUCUCAUCCUGAAGCUAAUCUCAUGUUUGCUAGCUUGAUGAUGAAUGAGAUUGGAUCAAGAGCGGUCACGCCGGACGAAUACGAUAGAAUCGAUAGGCACAUAGCUGUGGCUAUGUCAACUUUUGAUGAUAAUAUCGACUUUCCGAUCAUUCUGGCUGUCUUUCGUCUUCGUGAAGUUCUGAUUGCGAAAAAAGAAGCCGCUCGUAUUCUCACUUGA